AUGUGCAAUCAAGCAAAGCUGAGGGAUCUAGUUGGGUACCUCGAUGACAUGGCCUCAUCAAAUCUUUCCAAGGUUUCUGCGCUGCUGCUCGCUUCGGCCAGCCUGAGCUCAGCAGCCUGGCAAGGACUCGAGUCGAAACCUACCAUCAUGCGGCGCAACAUCACGACCGAAGAUCCGUCAGCAAGCUUCAACGAUGCACUCGAUAACCACCCCAAUGCCACUGGGAGAUGGGGCACCAUCGGCUUCGACUUGACCAAGCCCUAUGUCGGCGUGGGCAGCAACCAGCCGGGUUGGAACCUCGAGAUCCACGUCGCCGCCAACCUCACGCAUCGCGCCAACUCGACGACCAACUCGAACCCAGCUCGCAUCUACCUCAAGGCGCCCGAUAACGCGUUCGGCAAGGAUCAUAAGCCAAUCGACCCGGGUUGGACCACCUGCGCUUACACGUGGAUCCACGAGCUCCACGGUAUCGAGUCGGUCCAGGAGCUUCGCAAUAGUGACCCCAAUGCGUUAUGCACGAAACUGCUGUCGGACAAGUGCGUCUCGGCGCUCAAGGAUGCCGUCAAAAGCGCUGCCUGUGGCAGUUUGGUCAGGGUGCCGAGUGGCUGUGAUAACCAGAUUGUGAGCUCGGGGAACAAUGCAAACGGCUAUGGCAGGGAUCAAGGCCAGCUUGUCAACGACACGAGCGGAUCUUACACGACCUUCACAUCAUUCCCGCCGUACAACCAACCAGGCAACGACACUGACGCUGCCAACGUCUACGACUACGCCGUCACAACGGUGUGGCCGGUGGCAAUCUCUUAUAUUUACAAUCACCCUAACGGCACCAACAGCAGCCACUCCGACUUCCGCUGUCUGCAGGCCAUGCACAUCGUCGAUGGUAGCCGCCACCCUGAGAGCCUAGGCAAGCGACCGCAGACCUCAGCCGCUGGUAUAGCUGCCCCAGCUGCUCUGUGGCAGAUCAUGUCUAUCGGUACCUUUGUCGUUGGCUUGAUGAUGGCUUAA